AUGGGUUUUCCCAGCACCGAGGCAUCUGCUGCCAUUGAGAGAUGUGGUCCAAAUGCUUCCAUCUUGGAGCUGGCAGAUUCCAUACAUGCUGCCGAGGUAGCAAAGACGUUCGAGUGUGAUCCGGGGGAACCGUCUGGUGUCAACGAUGAGCCUGAAAGCCAUCAACAUAGUCGGGCAAGAGGCAAGAAGAGGAAGCAUGCAGAGAUACGAAGCAAAAAGAAGCGUUCUUUGACUGGAGAUCAAUCCUCGAUGAUCUCCACUUCUAAGCGAAUGGUUGGAUUUGGGCUUCCAAAUGAGGCGACGACUGCAACAUGCAGAAGACUCCUCCCGGAGGCAGCCGCAGGUCCUCCAUAUUUUUACUAUGAGAACGACGCAUCGGCACCAAAGGAAGUUUGGGCAACCAUCUCACACUUACUAUACGACGUCGAACCGGAAUUCGUGGACUCAAAGUACUUUUGUGCUGCCUCGAGGAAACGGGGGUACGUCCACAACCUCCCGAUCCAGAACAGAUUUCCUGUGAUGCCAAUGGCUCCGAAGACUAUCCCAGAAGCACUCCCGGAGAUGACGAAGUGGUGGCCUUCUUGGGACACCAGGACGCACUUGAACUGCUUUCUGACCAGCACCGCAAGCGCGAGGCUAACUGAUAAGAUCAGGAUAGAGCUCCAAAAGUUUGGAGACCCACCACCUUCGAGGACCCAGCAGUAUGUCCUCGACGAAUGUCGAAGACGGAAUCUGGUUUGGGUGGGGCGGCACAAAGUAGCUCCACUCGAACCGGACGAGAUCGAAAUGCUUUUGGGAUUCCCCAAGGAUCACACGAGAGGGGGUGGCAUCACCACGACAGAGAGAUAUAGGUCUCUCGGGAACUCGUUUCAAGUAGAUACAGUGGCUUACCAUUUGUCAGUUCUGAAGGACAUGUUCCCGAAUGGUAUGACAGUUCUCUCGCUGUUUUCGGGUAUCGGAGGAGCCGAAGUCGCUCUCCAUCGCUUGGGAAUACAUCUGAAGGCGGUCGUGUCGCUGGAAAAUUCACAGCAAAAUAGAAACAUACUCAAGAGUUGGUGGGAUGAGACCAACCAGACAGGGACGCUGAUUGAGCUUCCUGAUGUCCGGCAGCUCGAUCGCGAGAGACUGGAGCUGUUGAUCGCAAGAUUCGGGGGAUUUGAUCUGGUGAUCGGUGGAAGUCCUUGUCGUAACCUCGCCGGAAGCGACCGUCACCGUCGGGAUGGGCUCCAGGGUGAUAAUUCUUCUUCUCUGUUCUAUGAAUACUUACGCAUCCUGGAACUUGUUAGAUGUAUUAUGGGGAAGAAGGUUUGA